AGCCAGUCCAUUUGUCGGGCAAGCCCCCCCUAACGCAACCAAGCAUCAGAUCCCAGAAGCGAACACAAGGGCGAAAGAUAGCCGUAGCGCUUCUACUUGUAGCAGUCAGUCAGUCCCCGAAGCUCUCACUCACACAAGAGUGCACUCUCAGUGCCUAAAGAGAAGCGCAGCGCAGUUCUGUCUUCACUUCACUUCACUCCACUCCCAUCCUCCCCCCCCCCCUCCCCCCUCUCCACCUCUCUCAUCUCUCUCUCUCCUCCUUUACCAUCGAGACGAGACGCUCGUUCGCUCGCUCGCCCGCCCGCUCUCAGACCCAAGAGAAGAAGAGGAACUCUUCUUCUUCUUCUGCUUCUUCUUCUCGCAUCAUCCUCACCAUCCCCACUCACACUACGCACCCCGUGGCUCUGAUAUUGUCUCGCCCUCGCUCGCGACGCACUCGGAACCAACCGACGACGACGACGACGACGACGAAGAAGGAGAAGAGCUGCUCGUGCCUGCGGGAUUGAGUCCAGUCUGCGUCGGCCGUGCCUUUCACAGGGUGUGGUCUGUCUGCCUGCUGUCCGGGCUUCUCACGCUUUCAUGCAGGCGAGUGCACAGCUGUUGCAGCAGCAGCAGCAGCAGCAGCGGCGCUGAUAAGACGUGUGUGCGAGAGCGAGAGCGAGAGCAAGAGAGAGAGAGAGAGAGAGAGAGAGAGAGAGAGAGAGAGAGAGAGAGAGAGAGAGAGAGAGAAUGCGAGAUACGUCCGACACAUAAAGCCGAAGACUGACUGACGGAAGGAGCGGAAGAUCGGAUUCUCUGGGAGGUUGGAGUCAUAGCGAGAGCGAGAGGAGCUGCUCCAGGUUGGGGUGAUAAGAGGUUCACGACUAGGUGGGUGUCGGUGGCGGUGGAGGUGAAAGAAACUGUAAUUGGAGUCGGAGGCGCGGUUUCGAAGGGAAGAUUAAGGAGUUAAGCUCGCACGCACGAGCGAUUGGUCGCUGUCGCUCAUCCUGCGGCUCCCCCGCUGGACAUUGCUCGCGAAAGAGGGCUCAGAGGGCAGCCGGGGCGAAUUUUUUCUCUGAAGCAGCAGCCCGCGGUCGCCUUCAAUCGGGCACGACGAAGAUUAGACGUAGACAGUGAGCCCAGGCCGCGCGGACCCACGAGAGAAAGAGAGGUUUGGACGGCGAGUUUAGCCCCCGGCAAAUCAAAUCCCCGCUGCGGAUGCUGUGCUCGAAUGCUCGCCUGCGCUGGCGCAUUUCUGACGAGGAUCUGAGCAGCUCCGCCCGCUUCCCCCCGUGGCUCGCCCUCUCGCGCUGCCACCAUUUCUUGAUUUGACUCCCCCGGGCCCUCCCGCCUGCAGUCAAAGCGCCAGGACGACAGCCCAUCACCUGCGCUUGCAGCAGGACAGGUCUCGUGCUGCUCAAGAAGCAGCAGCACAAAAGAGCUAGAGAGCGAGAGAGUCAUUGCAGUGGCGGCGUGAAAGAGGAACAGAUUCGGCCACCAUCCCAUCCCAUGCACAGCAGCAGAGCCACGGGCGUAGAUGUUCUACCAUCCCUCGCUUCCCUUCGUUGUGGACGCUCGAGCUCGCGCUUAUAAACAUCAGGCUUCUUCAAGCGCCAGCGCUCACCAAAUUGCUCCCAGCUCGAGCUGAGUUUGCGCCGCUCGCUCGCUCUCUCGCGGCCCCUCUCGUCGGCUGUAUGCAUCUUGAGGGCGAUGGAGCUCACGAGUUCCUAGGAACCGGAAAACAGGAAUGCUGGUGUCUUAGAACCUCUGUCUGCGGUCUUGAAACGAAUGCAUUUUUGGCCUACAAUUGCCCGUGGAGCUCAAGAGGACUUGCUCGUCGCCGCAGCCUAAGACAUCCGGGCCACCGGGUUGUUCUUCAGCAGCAUAUAUGAUGGCGGCUAGCGCUCGCGCGUAUAAUGCAGCCAAUGUGAUGCUCAUGCGGAGCGAGAGCACCUCGGCCGACACCUUGGUGGCCAUGCUCGCCUCGUGCGGCGCACCGGGCAUGCAAGCUCCUCGAUCCGUGGGGGUCGGAGGAUUGGAGGAGGCGGUCAUGGGAGGUGGGCAGAAGCGCCCCUUCUACCCGAUUUUCGACACAUCGGAGGACAAUGGCGACGACGACGGCGGCGACGACUGCUCGCACCACGUCGAGAAGAAGCGCCGGCUCACCACCGAUCAAGUCAAGUCGCUCGAGAAGAACUUCGAGCUCGAGAACAAGCUCGAGCCCGAGCGCAAGCUGCAGCUGGCUCGCGAGCUCGGCCUCCAGCCUCGCCAGGUCGCGGUCUGGUUCCAAAACCGUCGCGCUCGCUGGAAAACCAAACAGCUCGAGCGCGAUUACGACGUGCUCAAGUCCGACUACGACAACCUCAAGGCCAGCUUCGACACCAUCGUCGCCGAGAAAGAAAAGCUCCAGGCCGAGGUGCUGCAGCUGACGAGCAAGCUCCAGGCCAAAGAGAAGCAAAGGAAGCUGGACGGGGCGGCGGGGCAGGUGUUCGAGGCCGAGGAGCUCGAAGUGGCGGUGAAUAAUCUGUCGCCGCAUGCGCAUUUGGAUGUGGUGGUGCCGAGCAUGAAGUCCGAGCUGCCCACGCACCAACACUUGGUUCAGGAGUUUCAGCAGCAGCAGCAGCAGCAGCAACAACAACAGCAGCAGCAAAUGGGAACGCCUCCGGCGACGACCGAGAGUCUGGUCAAGUGCAAGGACAAGGAGGGAUCGACGAGCUCCGAGAGCAAUUCGAGCGAGAUUAUGAACGCCGACAGCCCGCACCCAAUUGACAGCGGUCUGAGCCCCGGCGUGGACCAGAAGCUCAUCCAGUGCUCGUCCGGGUUCUCGCUGGGCGGAGGCGGAGGAGGAGGAGGCGCUGCGGCCGCGGCCGCAGCCGCAGCUGCUGCGGACACGGGCGUCGAGACGUCGCUGGUGCAAUUCGCCGAAGAGCUGUGCGGCGGCGCCCGAUUGGUCCCGCCUCAAGGAUACCAGAGAAUUUCCGUCAAACUCGAAGAUGGCUCCAAUGUGCUCCAAGACGAGUGUAAUUACUACUUCCAUCAGAUGGACGCCGAUCAGGCCUCUCUCCCUUGGUGGGAGUGGCCCUGAGCCGAGGUCCACGCUUGACCGUCCACGGAUUCCUGGAUUUCGCCCUCGAGCUCUCGGUGCAGCAGCAGCAGCAGCAGACGUAGUAGAAUCAGAAGACGACGACAGAAGAGGGUGCUACGGAAUCGAAUCGUAGGGUCCAUCCGGACAAGAUUUUGCUCCGCAACAGGAGCUCGGGAAGGAACGAUGAUCAUCAUGCCUAUCACGACGACGAAGACCAUGGAGACGGGAGGAGUACACGACGGCGACGGCGACGACGACAACGAAGAAGAAGAAGAAGAAGAAGAAGAAGAAGAAGAAGCAUGAACGAACGACUGCACGAAGCGAGGGCUUGUGGUCUCCGGAGUCAGUCCGAGUCUCGCGAUAUCCGAGAAGUUCCACGAGCUGGAAGCCUUCUGACGGGUGCACGGGACUGGUCUACGUGAGAAAUUUGUCUGUCCGCCACCAUCGUCGCCACCACCACACCACCACCACCACCAUCACCAGCACAGCACAGCCGCACGUGAACGUACAGCAGGUCUGCGAACGCAGUCGUUCGCAUCCGGAAGAAGGCUCCGGGAAUUUGCUGUAGAGGAGAGGAGAGGAGAGGAGAGGAGGAGCGGGAGGAGUAUAGGAUGGAAAGAAGAGGAGGAGGAGGAGGAGGAGGUUUUGAGGAUUUAGUAUAGCGCGAGAGAAUCGAAACUUUGCUCUGCUGUUACACUCAUUUUGUUUACGCUGGCUUGAGGAGCGCGAAAUGAUGUAACAUCAGUGCAUUUGUAUCAAGAUAUUGCUUUAGGGUACAUAUCAAUAACAUACGCAGAGGACCUGUCCGUCCAUUUUCACCGAGAGGUUCUUGUGCAGGUCAGGUCACACCCCCUUUCCCCGCGGUUCUCCCACCGAGGGGAAAUUGAAUCCAAGUGGAGUGAAGCUCAGUGAGCACGAUGAUGAUGAUCGACCCAUCCGAUCCAACUGCAGUAGCAGCAGCAGCAGCCGCAGCCGCAGCAUGCACGCUAGCUCGCUCGCUCGCUCGCUCGCUGCACUCGUCGUCUGCCUUGUUCUUCUAGGCAGCAGCCCCCAACCCCCACUGGCUUGCCGAACGCAGCCUUUUACUGUAUAGUCUUUGCAAUAAAUUUUUAGUCUUGUCGACAUGACCCCCGCAAACAGAGUGCAGCCGCAGCAGCAGCAGCAGCCACCCCACCUCCCCCCACCCGUCCACUACAUUUUGCUUCUCCGAAGCCUGUGCAGCAUUUUUGUAACUAAUAAAACUUUCAGCAAACUACUUCCACG